UAUUAUAUAUCUUUAAUAAAUAUGAACUAUCAUUUUGUUAAAAAUGAAAGUGAAAGUGCAUUUUAUUUUCAGAAUAUCGCAAAAGGAAAUGUGUAUUGUGUGUUUCUAUUAGAUACGACAUAAUUGUGUUAUUAGUUCCUGGAUUAUAGUGAGGUGUAAUUUAAAAUGGACCACAACACUUAGAGAAUAAUUUUUUGUGAGAAAAUGGACGCAAGUAAUGUGACAAACGGCUCUGGAGAUAACGAAAUACAGAAGUCCAAAUCUGAGGAACUUGUAGAGACGAAUAUAUUAGGAAAGCGUAGAAAUUCAACAUCACCAUCACUGACAGAUGAACCAGCCAUAAAGAAAAUCAAAAGUGACUGUGAUCAACCUGAAAAUAAAAAGGAUAACGACGAGGAAAAUAUACAACAACCUGUGAAAAGAAGAGAAGAAGCGGAAAAGUUUCUAAAGUUGUACCGAUUACUUCAUGAAAAUGAUGAUAUAAGCGAGGGAUUAUCAGCAAAAAAACCAAAUGCGAAAGAAGAUGUUGCUACCCAUGUUGCAACCGGAAGUAGAAGAGGCUAUUCUUCUCAGUAUAUUUCAACCUGUGCGUCACUUUACAAAGCAGAAUCUUUUAGAAAUUUGAAACUUAAAAGUGGAUAUAAAUGGGGUAUGAAGCACAUUGCCGAAAUCGACGUUGGAAGUUUACCAGAAGACGUAACAAUAAUUGAUUUGAGAACAAAUAUAUUGAGAAAAAAAUACGAGAUAAAUGACAAGGAGGUAAAUGAAAAAUUCCACAAAUUUGCAGAAAGUCACCAGGAAGUUUUACUGGUUGGUAAAGUACCAGAAUCAUGUUUAAAAUUAAUAAAAUUCACCGGAGUAGUUCCAGACUCGGACAAAAGUUCCAAUGAUUCUGAUGAUUUUGGGUUUGACUAUGAUUCUUACAAUUCAAAUCCAGAUUCAGAUUCAGAUUGUUACUAAUUCCAGGCAGGAUUACUGUAUAAUGUAAAACACUGAAGAUUCUGUAUAAAAUAAAAACCAAACAUGCAAGUAAACUUUAAUACAAAUUAUAGGGCCAAACUGUCAUAAAAGAAUUCUAAACUAUUAAUGUUGUCUGAAAAACCGAGGGUUGCUUCAAGAAUAGCAACGAAAUAUAUUUAGUGUUACAUGUAGAUUAUUAAAA